AGGUAAAAGUCCCAAGCCGCCUCUGCCACUCCGGCGGCAGCAGCAGCGCCGCCGCGCAGGUCGCCGCCGCCCCCAACCUGGCCAUGUCGCCACGGCGCAUCCUCCCAGCUCCCCCACCUCGCAUCCUCUUUGCUUACUGGGUUCUUCCUCUCCGUCGUCGCCGCGUGGUGCCGGGGUGCCGCCUGCCGGCUUGGUGACACUCAGCGGCCCAACCUCCAGAAGUUUGUGUUGUAGACUUGGUGCUUCAUUAUUUGCAUUCCUGGAUGCUUGAUGUAUGAUACACACGCAGACUGGCAUUGAUUCCAAAUGAUGGCAAUAAGAUUGGAAGAACACGUAUCUCUGAUUUCCAAAACUCUUCCUUUCAUUCAACACAAGGCUAUGUCCUCAUAUUCAACUGGUCAUGGCCACAGGCCCAAGAAGAAGCUUUAUCACCGUGAACCUGGCCUUGACAAGGCCAUGGACCUCCAAAAGAAGCCUGCUCUCCUCCUUCGUCUUCGGGAGCUCAUCUUGUCCCAAAAGACAAAUUCCAUCCUUAUACGUUAUCUUGAAAAGGAGGUUGGCUUUGUCCAAAAAUGGAACUUCCUUUCACUUAUCAAGCGGCAUCCAAACAUCUUCUUCGUCUCUGGUGGUAGUGCCUCCCGUGAGCCAAUUUCAGUUACGCUCACUGAGAAGGCCAAAAAGAUAUCCAGUGAGGAGACCCUAGCACGAGAACUAAUGGAGCCAAUCUUGGUGAAAAAUCUAAGGAAGCUACUAAUGAUGUCUUUGGACUGCCAGAUUCCUAUAGAGAAGAUUGAACUCAUCCAAUCUGAAUUGGGUUUACCCAAGAACUUCAAGAGCAACUUGAUUCCGAGAUACCCUGAACUAUUUUCAGUUCGCGAGGUGAAGGGAUUGGACCAUUUGUGUUUGGAGAGUUGGGAUUCUUCACUGGCUGUCACAGCCCGAGAAGAAAAAUUGAAUUUUGAUGGAUUCCAUAUGGACUGUAGAGGGAUUCCUAAAGAUGGAAAUGUCUUUGGUCCUUUUGCUUUCAAGUUGAAGUAUCCAGCAGGAUUUAGGCCAAAUCGGAAGUAUCUUGAGGAGGUUGUCAGGUGGCAGAAGUUGGCAUUUCCAUCACCUUAUCUGAAUGCUAGGCGUGUGGAGCCUGCAACACCACAGGCUCGGAAGCGAGCGGUUGCUGUUAUGCAUGAGAUUUUGAGCUUGACAAUGGAGAGACGAUUGACAUCUGAUUAGCUAGAAGUCUUCCAUAAUGAGUACAGGCUGCCAUGUAAGCUACUUCUGUGUUUAAUAAAAAAUCAUGGGAUAUUCUAUAUCACUAAUAAGGGAGCAAGGAGCACUGUCUUCCUCAAGGAAGCCUAUGAUGAUAGUAAACUUAUUGAGAAGUGUCCUCUAUUGAAAUUCCAUGAUCAAUUUGCCUCUCUGAUCGGCCAAACAUGCUCCGAUUCAAAUGAUGUAUUGCCAGCAUAAUGGGAGCAAUAAUUUACAAGCGAGAGAGACAAAUCACAAUGUGGCAUGUGGCUGGCUGAUUCACCCUUUAGUUUCUACUCAGGCCAGUGCAAACAUGACUCAUUUGCAUGCGACCAACCAUGCAAGUCCUCUGUGUGAUGGAUGCUUUAUUCAGCUUCAAGUUUUGCAUGAAAUUUGGGACCCCAGAAAUCAAGUGGCAGCUCAGAUCUCAGCAGACAAGGCAUUGGUUGUUGUACUGAAGGACAUAUGUUCAAUUCCUACAAUUGGGGCAUUCAACUGUUGAAGAUAUUACGUUGUGCUCAUGCGAUUGUAGUUGACGUCUCCAUAAUCUACAGAGACAAAUGUUGAGUGGAGGAAACACCAAGUAUUGUUAACUACCAGAGAAAAAUGGCCUUUCAAUUACCGUAUAAUCUUUGUCCAGCAGGAACAGAUUGGUAAAAUGGGUUUUAAUGACUGUCUGAAAGCUUUUAGAUUAACUAGUUGCUUGGUAAUGAAUAAUAAUAAGAGAUGAAAUUGGUGGACACUCAUUGCUGUUGAUCUGGGACCAUAUCCUAAACAUGGGAAGCUUUAUUAAUGGCCAUGGCAAUUCCUGCAACAGGCUAAUAACAGUCACAAGUUUGCAUCCCUUUCACACCUCCACGCUAUCUUGAGUAUGUUCUGAUAUUUGCACAUCAAAGUGCUUGUCCACAUAGAAUUAUUGGUGGGAGAUGCAUUAAGGAUGUUUACCAAUAGUUGCUUGCAACACAAAAUCAACCUGUAUGUAGGUGGGAUCCAUUGAGAUAACCAGAUGAACAUAUGCUAAGUAAAGAUGGACCGACAAAAUUAUGGGUGGCCUGGACACAUUGAAGUGAAAUGAGGCCAACUGGCUGCUCCUCAAUUAUAACCCAUGAAAGUGAGGAGCAUACCCAGGAGCAGUGAUUGGGACCAGAUUCUGCAGACACUAAGAGAGCACCUAUAAAUGAUAGUAGUGGUCAUGAUCCUGGUCAGAUGCACUAAAAGCUAGAUUUGGAUGGGUGUUAGUGGCUGUUAGUUUAGGCAGGUCUAUCCUCAAGUCAUACAAAUACAGUGGAUGGAGACUAGAGGCCGGCCCUUUUCUGAUCCUGUUUAUUUUUUCUGACUGGCGCCUAGCAAGCAAAGAAUCCUGAUUCGAACAUCACAGCCUGCUUGGCCAUCGCCAUCCCUGGUUCUGGACAAAAUGUUUGGACUAUGUAUCAGCGUCAUGUUUGAGUCUCAUUUCUUCCUACUCCUGCCUAGCCUCUAGUAGCAAGUCAUUUUUAUACUUGUCUCAUCUGAAGAAAGUAAUGUGUGCAUUUGAUAUAUCCAGUGCAGGGGGGUCCAUCUUGGCGUAGCCGUGGGUGGUGUGGUUGGUUCAGAUUUCACAAUCUUGGCAUACAUAUCAAAGGCAGACUAUUCUACGCUUCAGGAAUAAAGGGGAGGAGAUAAUCCCAGCUGAUUACUCAAGAAACGAUUUUAUUCCAAGUCAAUCAGAGUGAGCAUCUCAAGGAGCUGAAUCAUUCUAGCUUUUACCCCACCACCAAACCCACAAAACCGGUCAUCAAUUUAGGCAGGGAGGCAGGCAGGGCUGCAUCGUGGGAAUGAUAGCGUGGGGGGAGUACUGCAGGUCUUUGUACUCCUUGUCUGCUGUGCUGCCGGUUGAUGGAUUGGAAGCCACACCUGCUGCUGCUAUUGCUAACGCUUAGCUGCAUCUUUCAGUCUUUCGGCCAACAAUUUUUUUUGCUUUGUUGCCAUCCGUUUUUGGUCCCUGUUUCUUUUGCUCCCUUCAGCAUCAAUCCACCUCACACGUUCACCGCCCCUCGCUACCUCUUCUACUACCAUUCGACGCACACCUCAGAAAACAAAUCGUCAUUUUUCUUUUUUUUUUUUUGCCUUUUGUUAAAGAAAUUGACUGCUAAUGCUAGGUUGCUAUCCUCUGAGCCAUAAUUCAUUCUGAAGAAAGUAUAUGUAAAUUAUUGGAUCCACAAAUCAUAUAUAAUAUUUAGAAAGAACAUAUACAAUUCGCUCUUCUUAA